AUGGCGCUCGAUCGACUCAAGCAAGCAGCCUCGCACAUGACGGGUAUUGGAGAGCUACCACACCCGUUCGAUCCUUUGAGUGAAUCAGAAAUUGAGCGUGCAGUCGCUAUCAUUCGAAAAGAUCACAGCGAUGUCUUCUUCAACGCCAUCACGUUGUUGGAGCCGCGUAAAGUGGAGACGAUGAGAUGGUUGAAAGACCCUGAGCAUACACCACGACCACAUCGAGUUGCUGAUGUAGUCUGCAUUGGCCGCGGGAGCAAGGUGUAUGAUGGACAUGCAGAUUUGACUGAAGGCAAGAUCGUCAACUGGGCGUUGACCGAUGACGUGCAACCACUCAUUACUAUGGAAGAUUUGCAAAUAGUAGAGACGAUUGUACGGAAAGAUCCAAAAGUUAUCGAACAAUGCGGCUUGCUUGGUAUCCCACCAGAGGAUAUGCAUAAAGUUUAUUGCGAUCCAUGGACGAUAGGCUACGAUGAGCGCUUCGGCACCAAAGUCCGUCUUCAGCAAGCCCUCAUGUACUACCGCCCACACAUUGAUGACUGCCAAUACACGUACCCAUUGGAUUUCUGCCCUAUCUACAACUCCGACACCCAGGAGAUCAUCCACAUCGACGUCCCACCAGUCCGGCGACCGCUCAACCAGGCUCCACCGAACAACUACCACGCAGCUGCUAUUGAGGCCGAAGGUGGAUUUAAGACCGAUCUGAAGCCCAUCAACAUCACACAGCCAGAAGGCGUCUCAUUCAAGUUGGAUGGGCGAUACAUCAGCUGGGCGAACUGGAAGCUACACAUUGGUUUCAACUACCGUGAAGGCCUGGUCCUUUCUAACAUUACAUUCAACGACAAAGGCACCGUUCGCGAUACCUUUUGGCGCCUGUCGCUUGCAGAGAUGGUUGUGCCGUAUGGUAAUCCAGAACACCCACAUCAGCGUAAACAUGCCUUCGAUCUGGGAGAAUACGGUGGCGGCUACAUGACGAACUCGCUAAGCCUGGGAUGUGAUUGCAAGGGCGCGAUUCACUACAUGGACGCUGCAUUUGUCAACCGUGCAGGCCAGGCAACAACGAUUAAGAACGCUAUUUGCAUCCAUGAGGAAGAUGCCGGUAUUCUGUUCAAGCACACAGACUUUCGCGACGACAGCGUUACUGUCACUCGUGCUCGGAAGCUCAUCAUCUCGCAAAUCUUCACAGCUGCAAACUAUGAAUACUGCGUAUACUGGAUCUUCCACCUCGACGGAACCAUCCAGCUGGAGAUCAAACUUACUGGUAUUCUGAACACCUACGCCAUGCUGCCUGGCGAGGAUCUGAAGGGCUGGGGAACCGAGGUUUACCCUGGAGUAAAUGCCCACAACCACCAACACUUGUUCUGCAUGCGCAUAGAUCCAAACAUUGAUGGUCCGGAGAACACCGUUUUUAUGGUUGACGCAGUGCGAGGUGAAGGCGAAGUCGGCAGUGCAGAGAACAAGUACGGCAACGCUUUCUACGCGAAGAAGACAAAGCUCAGCACACCCGAACAAGCGGCAACUGACUACAAUGGCGGGACAAGCAGAACAUGGGAAAUGUCAAACACUAAUAAGCUAAACCCGUACAGCAAGAAGCCCGCUUCCUACAAACUGGUGAGCAGGGAAGUGCCCGAUCUACUACCAAAGCCUGGAAGUUUGGUAUGGAAGAGAGCAGGUUUUGCGAGACACGCAGUACAUGUCACAAAGUACGAUGAUACACAACUCCAUCCAGCAGGCCGUCACGUUCCCCAGACCUCUGGCGAGCCAUCCCAAGGCAUUCCCGCCUGGAUCGAGGCCAAUCCUAACGAGAAUCUUGACAAUACUGAUGUCGUCUUGUGGCAUACAUUCGGAAUCACACAUUUUCCAUCACCGGAAGACUUCCCUAUCAUGCCUGCUGAGCCAAUGACACUAUUGUUAAGACCGCGCAACUUUUUCACACGCAACCCUUGUAUGGACAUUCCACCUAGCUAUUGCAGCGUCCCGAGCGGUGUUAAGCAGGGUAGUACGCUUGUAGACAAACUUUCUCGCAUGGCGUUUGGAGAAGAGAAGAAGCCCGAGAGCGCUGCACCUUCGACUUGUUGCUCGGAUCAGAAGUUCGGUGCUGGCGUGUAG